AUGUUUGAAGAUGACCCCUACCGUUUGAAGGUCCAGGUGUUAUGCCAUGCCAUGACAGUGAUAUGCAAUGACCUAGGAGAAGUCACGCUGAACUUCAGCCUUUCUCUCGAUUCAAUACCGCCAUCUGUGAUCAGCGCUAUAUACUACGCAGCUUUAGGACAAAAGUUGAUUCCCGAGGCGGAAUUCUCUGCCAUUGAAGACCGAGAAGAUUCUAUAUUCAUCAAAUCACUUCGAGCCAUCAGUGCACGAUGGAUGUUGGCAAAACGGUACCUGGAGAUGUUAUAG